AUGGAAUACUCUCCACAAUAUCAGCAACAGCAUGCCCAACAUCCGCACCCGGCUCCCCAUAUGGCCGGUCCCUACCAAACAGCACCUCAGAACCCCGGUUCGGCUGUGGGAUCCAUGACGUCUCCAACCAAUCCCCAGGCACACAUUCAACAGGCACAUCCCACGCAUCAAGCUUCUCCCGUUGUCCCAUCACAAUCCCAUUACCAGCAGGCGCAAAAUGCCCCGGGCCCGAUGCACCAGCAAAUGAACUUCCCUCAGCCCUACGGUGUCACGGCGGCCAUGCCACCGCAACCAUACGGCAUUUCUCCCACCCAGGCUGCCGCCAUGGCAACUGCAGCGGCUUCGGGGCAGUUCUAUCCUGUACAUGGAGAUUCCAUGGCUGGUCAAAUACCACAAGGUCCGCGCGGCUCACCCCGCAUGCCGGGCGUAUCCGUGAAGCCUGAUAGAAAUCCGCGGUCACCGCCUCAAAUGCCUGGCCAGAUCCCACCGAUGGGCUCGCAGGUACCGCUAACCCCAACCGCUCAGAUGCAGCAGCGUCGCAUGAGCCAUGUGGGCAGCCCGCACGUGCAGACCACUCAACCCGUUCUAAACCACGUCGGUAGACCCUCGGUACCUCCGUCGAUGCCACCUCCCCCGCAUCCCGUCCAGCAAGCCCAGACAUCUCCGGAGAUGGUCCCUAGUGGCGCAGAGGAGUCGCCAUUGUACGUGAACGCGAAGCAGUUUCAUCGCAUCCUAAAGCGACGCGUUGCUCGGCAAAAAUUGGAAGAGCAGCUACGACUUACCUCCAAGGGUCGCAAGCCAUAUCUUCAUGAGUCGCGACACAAUCACGCAAUGCGACGCCCCCGUGGCCCUGGUGGUCGGUUCCUCACGGCGGAUGAGGUGGCCGCCAUGGAGAAGAAGGGUGUUUCGGGCCUGGGGCAGGAGAAUGCGGAUCCAAAUGCGUCAAAAGCACUCGGCGACAAUUCCCCUUCGUCUCAAAAACGCAAGGCCAAUGAUGGGAAUCACGAUAACCCCAACUCAGGCAAAAAGGCAAAGACCGGUGCACGAAAGCCCAGUAGCACUGCUGAGGAAAGCGAACCCGAGUCCGGCGGUCCUUCGGAUGAGGAUGGUUGA